AUGGGUUUUACAUCGUUCAAACGCCAGCCGCCACCACAAUCAUAUGCAGAUGUAUCAUUUCCGGCCCCUCAUGUCAUGUUGGUCGUUUUCAACCGGCCUCAAGCACUUAACGCCAUGACUAGUGCUGCACAAUACGACCUCGAAUCACUCUUCUCCUGGUAUGACAACGAACCAUCACUCCGUUGCGCAAUUAUCACGGGUGCUGGACGCGCUUUCUGCGCUGGCAUGGACUUGAAAGAAUGGAACCAGUCAACUACGCGCCGCGCAAAUGGAGAACAUGAUGGUCAGCAAAUGAUGCCUCGUUCCGGCUUUGGUGGACUUUCACGACGCCACGGCAAAAAGCCUGUCAUCGCCGCAGUGAAUGGAUUCGCCUUUGGUGGAGGAAUGGAAAUUGUCGCUAACAUGGAUCUCGUGGUCGCUGCUAAAAGCGCACAGUUUGGACUCCCUGAGGCUAAACGAGGUGUUGUGGCUAUGGCAGGUUCUCUGCCGAGACUCACACGAACAAUCGGACGACCAAGGGCGACAGAAUUAGCUCUCAUGGGGAAACCAAUCACUGCUACCAAAGCAAAGGAAUGGGGGUUGAUCAAUGUUGUGACGGAAGACAGUGCGGUUGACGAUCAAAUUCUGGAGCGGCCAGUCACCAAAGCUGCUCUAGAAUAUGCUGCUGGGAUUAUUGAGAACAGCCCUGACAGUGUCAUCAUUGGUCGUGCAGGAAUCCUGGCUGGCUGGGAAGAUGGAAGUGCAGAGAAUGGAGCCCGUUUACUGACCGAGACUUGGGAGCCAGCUUUAAACGACGGCGAGAAUCUUAAAGAAGGUCUGAGAGCAUUUUCUGAAAAGCGAGCACCCCGGUGGAUAGAUAGCAAGUUAUAA